AUGCUCCUUCACGGCCCCGGGAAACUCCAACGCCAGCGUUCAGUAGCAGCUGUGGGCGCCGGCGAAGCAAGUGAGCUGCUCUUCAUCGCUGACUCGUCGUCAAGGAGACGUUUCCUGGUGGACUCCGGUUCGCAAGUCAGCCUUUUACCGGCCACGGACGCGGACAGGGCGACAGGUGGCUGCGGGCUGCUGCUGAAUGCCGCCAACGGCUCGUCGAUCGACACUUUCGGCUCCAGGUUGGUGACCGUGUGCUUUCAUGGACGCAAAUUCCAGUGGGACUUUAUCAUCGCCGCCAUCACGCGAGUCCAAGCUUUUCAUAGGGCUAAAUCCGCGUUUGCAGAGGCUGCUCUCCUCGCCCACCCUGUUUCCGCGGCGCCCGUGGCUUUGACAACGGACGCGUCUGAUGUCGCCGUGGGCGCUGUAGUUGAGCAGCGGGUGGCGAAUCUCGGUUUAGAUUUUUCGGGAAUGGCCGCUGACCAGCCCGACGACCCCGACAUCCGCGCACUCAAAACUGACGGUACAGCGCUAGUGCCCGAGGAGGUGGUAGUUCAGGAAUGCGGUCCCGCCCUCCUCUGCGAUGUUUCCACUGGCCGCUCUCGGCCGGUUGUUCCGGUAGACUGGCGCCGCCAGGUUUUUGACGCAAUGCACUCCCUGUCGCACCCUGGCGUUCGGGCUUCCGUCAAGUUGGUUGGUGCCAAGUUUGUUUGGCCUGGCCUUAGGAAGGAUGUUAGGCAGUGGGCAGCCGCAUGCGUGGCAUGUCAGCGCGCCAAGGUCCACUGGCACACAAAGGCGGCCCUCGAACCAUUUCCGAUUCCGGUCAGGCGGUUUGACCACGUGCAUGUAGACUUAGUUGGCCCCCUCCCUCCGUCGCAGGGUUAUACACAUUUGCUAACGAUGGUAGAUCGUACCACCAGAUGGCCGGAAGCGGUUCCUCUUUCCUCCACUGCCUCGGUAGACGUUGCUCGCGCGUUUCUGUCACCCUGGGUUGCGCGUUUUGGCACGCCGUCUGAUAUCACCUCGGACAGGGGAUCCCAGUUUGUGUCAGAGCUUUGGUCAGCGUUGGCCCAGUCCUUGGGUGUGCAGGUGCACCGUACUACAGCCUACCAUCCCCAAGCUAACGGCUUAUGUGAACGUUUUCACCGGUCGCUUAAGGCGGCUUUGCGUGCGGCGCUCGUUGAUAGCAAUUGGAUUGACCGUUUACCUUGGGUUAUGCUCGGGUUGCGCUCAGCCCCUAAAGAGGAUCUUGCAGCGGCCCCCGCUGAAUUGGUGUUCGGUCAGCCACUCCGCGUUCCGGGGGAAUUUUUACCUGAGGGUUGUACCCCGCGACCGUUUCCCUUUUUGUCGAGGGGGUCCUUGGCUCCCGGCCCGAUUCACCACUGUUUCCCUAAGUCGUUUGUGCCAUCGGAGCUUAAAUCUGCCCGUUUUGUCUUCGUACGUCACGACGCCCACCGUUCGCCCCUCCAACCGCCUUACGAUGGCCCUUUUAGGGUGCUGGAACGCGGUCCUAAAAACUUUGUGCUGGAUAUGGGCGGGCGCAGGGAAUGCGUUUCUCUGGACAGACUUAAACCGGCGCAUUGUGUUGCAGGUGAAGAAAUACUGCCGGGCCAAGUCCCCCGCCGAGGUCGCCCCCCAAAAUCUGUUCGGGUUGAAUGUCUUUCGCCUCCCCCGGACCCUGAUGUUUGUUCUGCUCCACAAAGCACACCCGCUUCGCGGGAUGGACAUUGUAGCCGUUACGGCAGGCGAGUGAGGCCCCCUGACAGGUUUUCUUUUUCCCCAUAA